AUGCGUCAAACUACUGAAUCUACUACUCAAAACAAUGAGAGACAAGGCAAUAUGGUAAAUUUUUUAAAGAUUGUCAAAACAUUUAAAGGCGAACCAGAUGAAUAUUUCACUUGGAAAGCUGCUAUGCAAGGUAACAAAGAAUUGUUCGAAGUUUCAGACAGACAAUUUAUGGCUGGUCUUUACAAUUAUUUCGAAGGUAAUGCAGCUAACUGGCUGAAGAACACAACCUUCAAUUCGUAUGAAGAAUUCUGGCUUACGUUAGAUACCAAGUAUCAAUCUGACAAGAACAAUGAAAUCGCCAUUAACUUUCGUUCAUUGAUGUCACCACCAAAGAAGAUCAGAACUUAUAGGGAAUACGUUAAUCAUUUUGAAAAUAGAUUAGCAUUCCUUCCAGCCGACUUCAAGGAUUCCUCAUGGAAGUUAGCUUGUUUCUUAUUCCCACUACAACUGGGAUUACAAGAUGCUAUUCGUUCCCAGAACCCGCAAAACGUUCAAGAAGCCAUCGUCAUUGGAGAAAAUAGAUCCAUUAUGUUCAAGGAUUCUAUUUUAGACCCAAGAUUUUGUGGUUUAGUUAGCGACGUCCAUGGAGACAAUACUAAAGGCAAUCAACAUCAUAAUACACCAUCCAUCGUUUGUUAUAUUUGUGGCCGUCCAGGCCAUAAAUCCAACGAAUGUCGUAACUCCAAAAAUAGACAAUUUGGAAGACACCGUUACAAUCAAAAAUCUUUCAGAAAGUCAGGACCUAACACUAUCCCUAUCAGUGACCUAAGUUACAAAAAAUUAAAUAGGUCACCUGUAGUAUAUAUCAAUAACUUACAUGUUUCACCACAAGGUGACCAUCCUUCUUUUUCUACAGAAAAUAUUACACUCAUUAAUGAGUUGCAAAAUUCCAUUACUUCCCAUGAACAUCAAGCACUAAUUAACGAAUUACCACACGUAACUACUAAAUUUUCAAACAAACAAAAAGUACAAGCCUUAUUAGAUACAGGCGCAAGCUCCAACAUCAUUGACCCUACAUGGGCAAACAGACUCAAUUUCAUUACUAGGAAACUUACAAAACCAAUACAUUGUAAAACUGGAGAUGGCACUAUGUCAGAAAUUAGUCAUGCUUGCAAAGUUAAAUUUAUUAUUGAUGGUGAACCUUUCACUCUUUCGGCUCUGAUCGCACCAUUCACACUAACAUCCGCUAUUAUUUUAGGAAUGCCAUUCAUCAACAAUCACCCCAACAUACUACGCUCAGCAUUAAAGACAAUGGUACAACCAUCAGAAUUAGUACCAUGGAGAACCAUUAGAAACGAUAUUACGAACAAGAAUAAUGAAGUGCAUUUAUGUUGGAUAUCCACCAGCGAUUCGAGUACAGAACCACCAUCAGAAAUUACAAAAGAGUUCGGAGAUAUCUUAGUUGAAAAGAUUCCAGCUCGCGACGAACAUACCAAGACAAUUCACCAUCAAAUCACACUCAAAGAGGGUGCUACACCAGUAUUUCAACGUGCAUACAGGAUGGCUGAAGAAGAACGCAAAGCUUUAGAAGACGAAUUAAAAGACUUAAUGAAAGACAACAAGAUUAGCCCUAGCGACUCACCUUUUGCAGCACCUGUUAUAUACGUUAAGAAGAAAGACGGAUCAAGAAGACUUUGUGUCGAUUAUAGAAGGCUUAAUGAAAUUACUGUGAAAGCCAGGUAUCCUAUACCAUUGAUUGAUGAUUUGUUUGACCAACUCAGAGGUGCCACAAUUUUUAGUAAACUAGACUUAGUCAGUGGUUACCAUCAAGUACCGAUUGCGGAAGGAGACCGUUACAAGACCGCUUUUAUUACUCAAAGAGGACAAUACCAAUGGAAUGUCAUGCCUUUUGGUUUAACUAAUGCUCCUGCUACAUUCCAAAGAUUGAUGAAUCAUAUUUUGAGAGAGUAUAUUGGAAAGUUCUGUAUUGUAUACCUAGAUGACAUUUUAAUUUACUCUAAAACUGAGGAAGAACAUAUUAAACACAUCACUAACAUUAUGCAAGCUUUAAGGGAACAUCACUUAUUUGCAAAAAGAUCAAAAUGCUCGUUUUUCUUACAUCAAGUAGGAUUCUUAGGUCAUGUUAUCAAUUCUACAGGCAUUCAUUCAGAUCCAGAAAAGAUAGUAUGCAUUAAGAAUUGGAGUGCUCCAAAGGAUAACAAGAGUUGUCAGAGGUUCUUAGGUUUGAUUGGUUACUAUAGACGUUUCAUUAAAGAUUUUUCUAAUAUUGCUAAACCAUUGAGGGAAUACGCAAACGACAAAUCAAAGAAAGUUAAAUGGAACAAAGAACAAGAGUUUGCGUUUGAGAAAUUAAAGAGAGCAUUGUUAGAAGCACCAGUACUAAAACCUUUUGACCACAAUUUAGAUGUAGUGGUUACGACGGAUGCUAGCAACACGGCUAUUGGCGGUACAUUGGAAUUAUUCAAAGACGGAAGGUUUUACGGAGUAGUUGCCUACAUGAGUAAAGCACUACAUGGGCAUGAAUUAAACUGGCCUAUUCGUGAAAAGGAAUUUUUUGCAAUCAUUUGUUGUUUGGAGAAAUGGAGACACUAUCUACUCGGUAAAAAGUUCAAGUUGUAUACUGACCAUCAAUCAUUAAAGUAUGUACUAACUGAGAGGAGUUUCAAAUUAAGAUUAGCAAGAUGGUGGGAAGAUAUGGCAGAGUAUAGCUUUGAAAUUGAUUAUAUUAAAGGAAAAACAAACCAUGUCGACGCCUUAUCAAGAAUUAAUCUAAUGGAUACUGAGUCCACAGAAAGGACUAUAUCUAGAAUCUCAUUGGAUCCCCAAUACCUCACUACAUUACGAAAAGAAUAUCAAAAGGACCCUGAAUUGUUAGACAUAUAUUCCAAUCUCCAAAAAGAUACACCCUUACCACGGAAGUUCGUUACUAUCAUCAAACAUUACUCCUUCAAAGACGGUUUACUUUACUACUCUGCUAAAAUACCAUUCGAUUCAAGAUUGGUUAUACCCAAAGGUACUAUUCGUCAAACAUUAAUACAUUUACAUCACGACUCGUUGCUAGCUGGUCAUCCUGGUUCGUUCAGAACUUAUCAAAACCUGGUACAUGAUUAUUAUUGGCCUAACAUGGUAAGUAUCAUCGAACAAUACACCAGAACCUGUCCACAAUGUCAACGUAACAAACAUUCACGGAUCCUCCCUCCUGGUAUUUUCCAACCACUCGCUGUUCCAUACCGCCCUUGGUCUUCAAUAGGUAUUGACUUUGUUUCCGGUAUGAAAGAAGCACAUAACUUCAAUUGUGUACUAGUGGUUAUCGACCGUCUAACGAAAAUGGCACGUUUUAUUCCAACGAAAAAGACGAUCGACGCUAGUCACUGUGCUGACCUUCUAAUCAACCAUAUAAUCUGUCAUCAUGGUGUCCCAGAUGAAAUUGUGUCCGAUAGAGACAAGCUAUUUACUGGUAAAAUUUGGGACCGUCUCAAACAAAGACUACGAAUCCAUCUUAAAUUCACUACCUCAUAUAACCCAGCUUCCAACGGACAAACCGAACGAACCAAUGACACUAUGAGAAAGAUUGUAGCCAGUUACACCAAUCAACACGCCACUGAUUGGCCAAUGUACUGUUCUGUCGCUGCUUUUGCUUACAACAACACCUACCAGAGUAGCAUCAAAACUACUCCCUUCUUUGCUAACUAUGGUUUCCACCCAAGGUUGCCUGGUUUUACCAACCCCAUACUUGACCACUCGCAGAAUAAUGAAGAGCAGCAAACCCCUAGUACCUCACAAUCCAACUUAGACUAUCACUUGCAAGCACUACAAAAUAUUAUGGUUUCAAUACAAACAAAUAUGGCUGAUGCUCAAGACCGCCAAUCUAUUCACUUUAAUGAACACCAUCGUGUUACAAACUUCAAGGUUGGCGACUCAGUACUGGUUCAUAAGGAUGCCUACAACAAUAAACCUUUUACCAAAUUCCACCACUUGUGGUAUGGUCCCUUCAAGAUUAUUGAAACAUUGGGUGACCAAACCUACAGACUAAACUCUCAGCUUGGUAAUCGUCGUACCAACACCUUCCACGUUCGAAGACUCAAGUUGUAUAACCACCGUCAAGAUAAUGCCUAUAAUGUUCCACAUACUGACUAUAAAAAUAAAUUACAUCUCAUCGAACGUGUUGUUCGUAUAUUCCGUAAUAGUACGUGUGAAGUCCAAUGGUCAAAUGCCGAAACAUGGGAUACUAGCAUCAUUCCACUCCACAUCAUUUUCAACUCUGAAUACCGUCACCUACUCGAUCCAUAUUAUAAUCCAUCCACACAAGAAAUUACCGUCACAUCCUCUUAA